AUGUCUGGUCCCAGAGUUGGGGAGUAUCUCUGGAGAAGUCCUCCCUCCACAAGCUGCCCAGGCAAGAUCUGCUGGCCCCUGCUUUUCUGUGUGGUCUCAUCUUGCCCCACACAGGGCUCUGUGCUCUUGGCCCAGUGACACCCCCAGAAGCUGACAUCCUCUGGGUACUGGAAGUGGAAGCCGUAUCUCAAAGGCCAAGAGAGCAGCACUGACAUCAAGGCUCCAGGGGGCUUUGCUGUAAGGCUGGUCUUCCAGCACUUGGACCUGGAGCCAUCCUCAGACUGCAAAGGGGACUCUAUCACAAUCUCAGCUAGUGGGAUGGAUCUGAGCCGGCUCUGUGGUAAACAGGGCUCCCCUCUGGCCAGCACCCCUGGUCAGAGGGAGUUUGUGUCUUCAGGGAGGAGAUUGCGGCUGACUUUCCACGCACACACUUCCUCCAAAGACAAGACCAUCUGUCUCCACAAGGGCUUUCUGACCCUUUUCCAAGCUGUGGUGGUGAGUUGCAGUCAGCCCAUGAGCCCGGCCAGCAGGGACUCUGAAUCUAUUAUUUCACCGGCAGCCAACUCCUACAAGAUCCAGAGACACUGCCAGGAACCGUAUUAUCAGGCAGUGCCAGCAGGGACACUCAGCUGCCCAGCCUGGAAGACCUGGCAGAAUAGACAGGAUGGGGAGGAGAUUCCUCAGUGUGUGCCUGUCUGUGGACAGCCAGUCACCCCCAUUACCCAGAACCCAAAGACCCUGGGUUCUUCCAGAGCUAAGCUGGGCAACUUCCCCUGGCAAGCCUUCACCAGCAUCUAUGGACGUGGGGGCGGGGCCCUACUGGGAGACAGAUGGAUCCUUACUGCUGCCCACACCAUCCAGCCUAAGGACAGCAUCUACCUCAGGAAGAACCAGAGCGUGAAUGUGUUCCUGGGCCACACAGACAUAGCUGAGAUGCUGAAAGUGGGAAACUACCCUGUCCGCCAUGUCUUUGUGCACCCAGAGUAUAACCAGAGUGAGUCCCACAACUUCAAUGGGGACAUCGCCCUUCUGGAGCUUGAGCACAGCAUCCCUCUGGGCCCCAAUCUCCUCCCAGUCUGUCUGCCUGACAAUGAGAGCCUCUACCUCAAUGGCUUGUGGGGCUAUGUCAGUGGGUUUGGUGUGGAGAUGGGCUGGUUAACUGAGGAGCUGAAAUACUCAAGGCUGCCUGUAGCUCCGAGGGAGGCCUGUGAGGCCUGGCUCCGGGAGAGGCACCGGACUGAGGUGUUUUCUGACAACAUGUUCUGUGUUGGGGAUAAGAUGCAAACGAACGGUGUCUGCCAAGGGGACAGUGGUAGUGUCUAUGUGGUAUGGGAUGAUCACACCCAUCGCUGGGUGGCCACAGGCAUUGUAUCCUGGGGCAUUGGGUGUGGCAAGGGAUAUGGCUUUUACACCAAAGUGCUCAACUACGUGGACUGGAUCAAAGGAGUGAUGGACAGCAAGGACUGACCCUGGAGCACCUGAGCAGUGACCAAUCAGCUCUGUGGAGGCUGCAGUCAAGAGAGGGUUGGGAAUGAGGACCGAGUCCUGGAGGGAGGAGCAGGUAACCCCUAUUUAAGUCAUCAAUGCAGUCAACCAUGUGGGAGAGAAAUCCUUUCCCAUCAAUAUACACCAUCCCAAAAAGUAAGUGGCAUCCCACCUCCCCCUUCUCCUCACCCUCUACCUUCCUGCAUGUUUGCGCCAGGGAAGCAAGCCCUGUACAUCUCUCAACCCUCAUCUGACAUGAAGCAUCCCCUUCCCAUGCUUAAUUUGUAGACGCAGCCUCUCACAUGUGGAAUCACAUGUGGAAGAGUCACCAUCUCACCCCUAUUCAGAGGAGUAUGGAGGAAAGGGCCUAAAUUGCAUUUUGUGAGAUUGCAAGUUCAAAGCCAGCCUCAGCAACUUAGCAAGGCCCUAAGCAACUCAGUGAGACCCUGUCUCUAAAUAAAAUGUAAAAAGGGGCUAGGGAUGUGGCUCAGUGGUUAAGCACUCCUGGGUUCGAUCCCUGGUACCCAGUCUUCCCCCCCAAAAAAUUGCAUUUUGUUCCUGAAAUAGUCCAAAAACCCUUUAAUUGACCUUCGACUAUUCAAGCUAUGGGCUUUACCACCUACCACAAUUCUUAGAUGCAAUUAUCAUAACAGCUCCUUUUUGUUUGAAGUCUUCUCUAUGUCAGGCUUCACUUGUUAUUUCGCUUAGUCCUCACACUAUGUUUGCAAAGAAUGUGCUAUUAUCCACAUCCUACAAAUGAGGAAGCUGAGGCUCAGGGAGCUAUGGUGACUUGUACAAGUCCCACAGCUGGUGUUUGGCUGCAGAGGCUGUUCUCCUCCUAGUAUGCCAAGAUAAUUCUCAGUCCUCAAGACGCACCACAGGAACCUCUCUGUUCUGGUCCCUAUAUCCUCAGAGAUUCCUCCUCCCUGAGAGGUCUUGCUUCUGUGCAGGUGGCAUCACCUGCUCACACUUUCCUCCUGCCUUGUCCCAUGCAGACCCCUAGGUGAGCCUGGCACUGGACUGGAAAUUCCUGAAGACAGCCUGGUUGGUGUCCCUGUCAUCCUGAGGGUACAGCUACCCUGAGAAGACCAACUCUUUAAUUUUUAGUAAUAAUUUGGGAUGCUUUAUAGUGGAAUACAAAAAUAAAAUACAAUUAUUCAGUGGAAAUAUAAAAUGCAUAACAUAAAACAGAGAACAAAUUUGUUAAUGUUGCAGGUCAAGUUCCCAUUUGGUCAAAGGUUAAAUUUAGCCUUGCAAAACAGCAGGGUUCAAAGUUGUACAUACAUGUGGUUACUUCUGUUCUAUUUUAUAAACCUACAGGCAGUACAAAACACAAUAAAAAUAUUCUCAGGUGA